AUGUUUCCUAAUCUUAAUCAAUCACAAAUAGAUGAACUUGAUCAUAAUAAUUCCGAUGAUAUUCAUUUAUUGAAUUCAUCAUCUUCUGUGACAUUAUCAUCUUCUUCAAUGUCAUUCACUUCACCAAAGUCGACACCAACGUCGUCAUCGUUGUCAUCAUCAUCUCCUUCGUCUGUCACUUCACCAACAUGUUUAACUGUAUCAUCAAUUCAUGAAAUUUAUCAAUGUCGUUCAUUUAUGAUACAUGAUAUUUUAGAUAAAUCUAAACAGACUACUUAUAAUUCUACUAUGCAUAAUAAAGAUAAACUAUACAAAUCAUAUAAUGAACAAAUUAAAACAUUUCCAAUGAUCAAAUCAAUUAUAAAUGAUUAUGAACGAAAUGAUAAAUAUAAUCUGAAACGAAAACAUACUAAUCAUAAUCAUGAGAAUGAUCAUGAUAAACGUGUAGUUACCACAGCAACAACAACAACAACAACAACAACCACAACAACAACAACACCAUCCUUAAUGACAAUAAAGGAAGAUUAUAAUUCAUAUAUGAAUGUAGAUCAUAAAAAUUUGUCGAUAAAUCUUACAAAAUAUCAAUCAUAUGAACAAUAUAAACAAUCUAUGAAUGAUACAACACAAUUGAUAGAAGGGAAUGUAAAACAACUUUAUACUGUAACAGGUUUCAAUGAAAUUACAACGAAUUCAGAGAAUACUCAAUUCAUUCUAUCAACAAUAAAUAGUCCAAAUAGUUUAAAUACAAAUGAUGAAAAUCAUAAAGAUAAUGAAUUACAAGAAGAUAAUAGCGAUGAUGACGAUGAUGAUGAUGAUGAAUAUUCUGAAAUGAAUUCAAAUGGAUCUUUAUAUUCAACGCAUUCAAUAGAUCCAUAUCAUAAAUUAACAUUCAUCAAGAAAAAAUCAAUAAUCUCAUCAAAAUUUGAACAUUCCAAUGAAUUACAUCGAUCAUAUCAUCCCCAUUAUCAUGAUCAUGAUCAUGAUCAUGAUCGUCAUCAUCAUCAUAAGGAAUAUGAUCUUAAUGAUGAAAUGAAUAAAUCAAAGAAACCCCGAAAGUCUAGAACAGCAUUUACUGAUUUACAAUUAAAUGAAUUAGAGAAAAUGUUUGAUCAUCAAAAAUAUUUAAGUGUACAAGAUCGUAUUGAAUUAGCUGAACGAUUACAUUUAACGGAUACACAAGUUAAAACAUGGUAUCAAAAUCGAAGAACAAAAUGGAAACGUCAAACUGCUGUCGGUUUUGAAUUACUCGCUGAAGCUGGUAAUUUUGUAGCAGUUCAACGUAUUUUACAAACGAAUCCAUAUUGGGCAUAUCAUCCAGCAGCACAAACUAUUCUAGCUAAUAUGGAAGCAAUAAUGAAGAAGAAAACUGAUUUCAAUAUUACUGAUGAAUUAAAACAAACCAAUCAUAAUGAUAGUAAAAUGAAUUAUUUUAAACAAAUGAAUCAUAAUGAACAUAAUAAUAUCAAUACUACUAAUACUACUAAUAUUAGUAGUAGUCCUACUACCACUACUACUAACACUACUACUAUUACUACUAAUACUACUUAUAAUCAUCAUUCAAGAUUAAAUGAUCAAGAUUCACUUUCUUUUAAAUCGAUUGAAUUCAAUCAUCAAAUACCAUCUUCAUCCUCAUCUUCAUUAUUAUUCCAAUCAAAUGAUCUUAAUCAUCAAUUAGAAAAUUGUUCAAAACUAAAUUCAUCAAUGAAAUUACCAAUCACUAUAGGAACUUCUACUUUCCCAUUAAGAACUACUACAAUAGAUCAUCAAUUGAAUACUACUACAACGACUGCUACGAUAACGACUACUACGACGACGACUACAAAUGCAGUAGAUAGUACAUCAGUAGCGGAACUUCCAGAUUGGUGGCCUUUUAAAUCAACCAUAAAAGAUUUAAUACAAUAUCAAAAUACAUUAUCUUCUUCUUCAACUAUUACCACUCCUACUACUACUCCGACUACUUCUGCUAUCUCAACAUUAUCCUAUUGUCCUAUAGUGAAUUCAUCUCUCAUAGAUACAACUAAAUUAUUACAAUUGGAUUUACCAAUGAAUUCAACAAUAUCAUCAUUCAAUAUACAACCUUAUACAUCAAUGAAUCUAUGGUCAACAUUCAAUACAAAUGAUCUAUUAUCUAUUACACAAAAUAUACCAUUAUUUAAUAAUUUAUUACGUCAUCAUUGUAUCAUAACAAAAGAUUAAUAAUAGUACGUCAUGAUGAUACAUUGAUUGUUUCCUUGAUAGAAUAUUGAUUAUUGAUUUAUUGGGUUUCGUUUUUGGACGAAGUUUUAUUCUUUGAAUACAAACAUUCAGGUCGG